ACAAGUGUAGGCAUAUAUGUUCACAAUAAAUAAGGCAAUCACAACUGAAGUUUAGAAUUUUGACCGUGUUGAUUGCUGCCUUCACAAGUAGAGUAAACAAAGUCCGAAAACCUCCAUCGUUUCAUAGCCUAUAGAAUUUGAUUGAGCUACCCCUACUUCACAAAUCAUCUAUAUAUAUAAUCUACUUUUCCAGAUAUACCCAUCUAACCAUCUUUUUCUCUCUGCGCCGUUGUAGCGUUCAAGAUGAGUUACAACAACGAUCCGUACAUAGAUGAGGAUGGAGAGGCAUUGGUGGAUUUUGAUGAGGAUGUCCGAUCAGAUAACGAGCAACAGGAACAAUUCCUUGGUGACAAUCUGGACGAUGAUGAUGAUGCAUGGAAUCAGAGACAGCGAGAGCGGUCACCGACCCCGGUAUAUGAUGAUCUUAACAAGUCUAAGCCCAGGAAGCGGUUAAUUAAGAAAUCUUCGGCUAGAGAAAACACUCCGGAUAUUGGGCUAGGAGAUGAGGAGGAUGCUUAUGGUGGUGCUGCUGAUGAUGACAUGACUGGCAAUAUGCGUGAUGAGUUUGACGGCGGUGGUCCUUCAUCUUCCUCUGCUGGUGGUGGAAAGAGGAAGAGGUUUGGCAUGGAGUUUAGUGAAGAGAAGAGGAAGGAGAAGAAGGGGAGAGAGAAAGUAGAGAAGAAAUUUAAGUUGAGGAAAAAUGGGGGUUACUCGGGAGGAAGCAGGUUAAAGGACCAGGAGGGGGAUCGGGAGAUGAAGGAGAUGUGGGAUACCAUUGCUGGUGGUGACUCUGAGGAUGACCAAGAAGGUCCAAAGAAUGCCGAUGAUGAUAACUUCAUUGAUGAUAGUGGUGUAGAUCCAGCUGACAGGUAUGGAAGCGACAAUGAACCACUGUCUCCCAGCAAUGCUCCGCAGGCUGAAGAAGGGGAAGAGGAUGACGAAAUCAAGCAGCUCUUCAAGGGAGGCAAGAAGAAAAAGAAAACUGAAAAGAGUGCAGCAGAAAUUGCAUUGCUAGUAGAGAAUGUUAUGGCUGAGUUGGAAGUUGUUGCCGAGGAGGAUGCCGAAUUGAAUAGACAUUCCAAACCUGCUAUAAAUAAACUAAAAAAACUCCCUCUUCUCAUAGAUGUCCUGUCUAAGAAGCAACUUCAGCAAGAAUUUUUAGAUCAUGGAGUGUUGACUCUUUUGAGGACUUGGCUUGAACCCCUUCCAGAUGGGAGCCUGCCCAACAUAAACAUUCGUGCUGCGAUCCUAAAGAUCCUUACUGAUUAUCCAAUUGAUCUUGAGCAGUAUGAUAGAAGAGAGAUGUUGAAAAAGAGUGGUCUUGGAAAGGUUAUUAUGUUCCUCUCGAAAUCAGAUGAGGAGACUACAUCUAACAGGAAACUUGCCAAGGAUUUGGUUGACAAAUGGAGUCGACCAAUAUUCAACAAGAGUACACGGUUUGAAGACAUGAGAAAUCUAGAGGAUGAGAGAGCUGCUCAAUACAGGCGGCCCUUGAAAAAACCCAUGAAUAAAGCAUCAGGAAUGGAAUCCAGAGACGAUGACCUUGACUUGGCUGGAUAUUCACAAGGGCAAAAAUCUGGUCAGUCAUCUGGUAGGCAACUUACAUCAAGGCCUGAAGCAAUGUCAAUGGAUUUUGUGGUGCGUCCACAGUCUAAGAUUGAUCCUGACGAAGUUAGGGCCAGGGCUAGAGCAAUGGUUCAAGACCAGCGCCGAAUGAAGAUGAAUAAGAAACUGCAGCAGUUAAAAGCUCCCAAAAAGAAGAAACUCCAAGCCACAAAACUCAGUGUGGAGGGUCGUGGCAUGGUGAAGUACCUCUAGGCUGUGUUUAUUGUGCUUGCCCUUGUUAGGGUAAAUAGCCUGUUGGCUCUGCUACACAAUAGUUCCAUGCACUGGAGGAUGGGUGUUCUUGUGAGCUUAGUAUCUGGGCAGUGGCUAAUCAAAGUGCCUUGUGAAUGUGGGACAUGGUCCUCAUCAUUUUUUGAAACUAGUUUGAGGGCUUCUAGUAUGUUAUUUCUGAUGAUCAGUCGUCAUUGAUUAAAUGGUGCCGCAUGUUAUCUACUUGUAUUAUUCCUUCCUCAGCAGCUUUCUGAGGAUGGCUUCUUCCUUAUAAUAUGGUGGUGCGUCAUCUGAUACCCGUUAAUUUUGGUUCCCUAGUUCACUAAUAAGUUUCCAAGUCAUUGGUGUAAUGGAAGUCAUGGCUGUUGCUAUGGGUGAUGCGCAACUUGGAAUACUAUAUUAUUGCCGUUUGGCAUGUAUUAUGCUGUUUUCCUGAAUCUCUUUAGCUAGGUUUUCUAUCCUUUCAUUUGCUUGUUAGUAUUAGCUUGUGAGUUGAGACAGAUCUUAUCCUUCUCCAGAAGGCAAAUUGUACUUUCUCCUGUUUUAGACCUAACAAAGUAUUUCUCAAAAUGCUCAUUUAGUA